AUGUCCUCCCCCAAGCCCGUAACCAUCUACGGCGCCACCGGCAACCAAGGCCGAAGCGUCGCCCUCUCCCUCCUCCGAAACAAAGCCGGCGCCUUCCGCGUCCGCGCCAUCACCCGCAACCCGGACAGCGACUCGGCCAAAGCCCUUGUAGCCGCCGGUGCCGAAGUCGUCAAGGCCGACGGCACGGACAGGGCGCAGAUGCUUGCUGCCUUCGAGGGGAGCUGGGGAGCGUUUGUUAAUACGAACGGAGAUGAUCCUGCUCUCGAUCAGCCUGGUGGUCUGACUGAGGUUGACAUUGGCAAAAUCAUCCUCGACGCCGCUGCCGAUGCUGGCGUGAAGCACAUUGUCUACAGCGGCAUGGCCUCCGCCACUGAAGUAACCGGGGGCAAGUACUCGGCACCUCCUUUCGAUAGGAAGAAUGCAAUCGGAAACUACGCCAGCUCAAAGUCCGCCUUCGAAACCACCACCAUCGUCAGCCCCGGCAACUACAUGGAGAACUUCCUCAUCGAAGACCUCGCCGCCAUAUUCCGCGGAUUCCCUUAUGUUCCCGACGAGGAGGGAUACUUGACUCUCGCAACUCCUCACUGGGGAGGUACCGAGCACGUGCCUUACAUUGCCAUUGAGGCCGAUUAUGGCGAUUUGGUCCACGGCGUUCUGCUUGACCCUGUCAAGUAUAACGGCCGAUUCAUCCAGGGAUUCAGUCAGUCGAUUACCUCGGAUCAGGUUACCAAAGACUUUCAAGAGGUCACCGGGAAGAAAGCUCGAUUUGUUUUCAUGAGCAGCGUGGACGACAUCCAGACCUACGGCAUGAAGGCCCUCGAAACAGUCAAGCACGUCUUUGGCUUUUCCCAGGCAAGCGGUGGUCAUUAUUUCGGGACCCCCAAUGAUGUUGAGCGGGCCGCUGAGUUGAAGAGACUUGCUGCCGAGGCGCAGGGGAAGCAGGGAGACGAGACGAAGCUGUUGACGGUCAAGCAAUUCUGGAAGGAUCACUUCGCCUCCUAG